AUGUUUGAUCAGCUGCCAGAUGACAUCGUUUUGGAGAUUGUCUCCCAUCUGAGAACCGCUCGCGAUGUCGCUAGGCUUGCAUCGUCGUGUAAGCACCUCUACCACCUUCUUAGCGAAGAUGGAUGGCGUACUUUCGUCAGAACCUGCUUCCCCCUUCUGCCCCUUCCCGUUGGGAAGCAUCCCAAAUGGAAUGAGUUGGCGAACACCUUAACCCGCCAAACGCGGGCUUGGGACACCAAAGCUUUCCAGCCCAUCGCGUACACGGACAGCCGCCGCCGGGACGGCAAUUUCUUCACUGGAUACAGCAACGCAGCCCGUCCUUUCCAUCCCGUUAUUGACGCUCGUCUAACCUUUGACAAGAGCUGGGAGGUUGUCUCCUGGGGCGCUGGCGAAGAUGUUGUAGGCCGCUUCAGGCCUCUCAACAGCCGAGGCGACGCAGAUGCAUGGUUUCGCAUGGAGGGCAAAGCCAAGGGCUACAGCCCGGGAGUGGGCGAUGUCACGGCUAUCCAGCUUGCCGAACCGAAUGGGAAGCUAGGCCUUCUUGUCGGUAGAGCCAACGGCGAUCUGUCGCUUGUUUCAGCGGCGCCGGGGAGCGCAGGAAAGACGCUCUUAGAUUUCAAGAUUCCCAAGCCCACUGGCAGCUUAGAAGCUACCACAUGGACCUCAAUCGGUUCUAUUGACAUUCUGCCCAAUCAAGCAUCAGUGAUUGCUGGUAACAGGGCUACUGUCAGCUUGUUCCCCUUGGACCCGGAUGGCACAGGCGAGGCAGCUCCGUUAGACUCUCAAACAUUUGACAUGCCCGGCUGUGGCAGGACGCAGUUCGUCCACGCCGCCAAGGCGAUGAACAACGACACCAUCAUCUGCGCGCUCGCCGGCGACACCGACCCGCUCCGUUAUCUUACUAUCACACCGACAGGCUUUACCUCCAACCUCGUCUCGAAGAACUCUUCUCUCCUCGCCUCUCGCGGCAUCGACCCUGACAAGAAACUCACCGUUCGCGCAAUCCAACCUGUUAGCCCAGGCCCUUCCGGCCAUACCAAUCUCCUUUUGAGUGCUUGGGACGAUGGAACCUGUCGUCUGCUUGACGUUCGUACCCCGUCACCUUAUGAUGCCCUCUACCGCGAUAUGUAUCAGCCCUUCGAGCCCAUCUCGUCACUUAUAACAUACGGCUCCGACCGCUUCGUUGCAGGCAGCGCCGAGAUAGAGGCGCUCAAAAUAUUCGACUUCCGAUGGAGCAAGUCUUAUUACCACUCCGCCGCCCUGCCCUGCUGGUCCGGCACGCCAUUCCCGGAUCCGCUUAGGGGUACUAGCAGUCGUCCGCUGAGUUUGAUGGGGGUGGGAUGCGACAGCUUCAGAGGGAGGAGCUGCGUCUGGCACGAGCAUUCGCGGCGGGAUUACUACCGACCCAACUACCGCUUCCAUGUUAUGCCCUUCAAAGGCGCUCCGAGAGCGUCCAACUCGCGCAUUUUCUCCCUUGCGAAGGCGUCCGACGUCUCUGACUCUUUCUACGUUGGCCUCGCGGGGGCUGUUGCAGAGUUCACAACGGCGAUUUCGGAUGGAGGCGAGGAUGGGGUGCCACCGGCGGUGGCUUCAGCAGCCGAGAAGCGCGGUUGGCGGGCACAGGAGUCACAAUUCAGCUUCGCGGAGACGGGCGACGGAUUGCUUCAUCCAGGUGUGUCGAUGAGUACUUUCAUGCCUCGCCUCGUCCAGCGGUUCGGGGACGAAAUAGAUGCACCGCAGUAUAGCAGCUGGUAUACUCGGCAGACACCAAAGACAGCGGCGUGGCAUCGCUGGGAUAAAAGCUUUUGGCGGCCAACACACUUCACUUUCUGA